AUGGUGGCGAAACAAUUCUACUUGCUGGGUGAAGCUGUCACCUCAGCGCAAGCAAUUGAUAUUGAAUCGACCAUCAGUUAUCAAGACCUUCAAUUGCUGGUCGCAGGUCAAUUCGCCAUUGUCGAACCAAAUGGCAUUGGCUUCCAAUCCGAGGAGACCACAUUGUCCCACCCCACAGACAUUCUCGCCAACGAAGAGCCCAUUGCAAUCUCAAUAGAUGGCAAGGCAGUGAAGGAAAUCCCCGGUCCCAAGGGUUUGCCCUUUGUGGGAAACUUCUUCGAGGUUUACCCAGACCAUCUGGGGAACCAUCAACGUCUGUUCGAACAAUAUGGUCCCAUCAUUCAGACCACCAACAUGGGACGCACCGUCUAUCACACCAAUGACCCCGAGCUGUCGGCUAUCGUGUUCUCCGAGUCAGAUUUCUUCACGAAGCGGAUCAGCGAGGGUCACCCGCUGCACCCCAUCAAGAAUCAAGAAGCCGGUGUGUUCUUGGGAGAUACUGAUACCCCCGAAUGGCGGGCCGCACACAAAUUCCUUCCCCCAGCCUUUGGACCUAAAGCCGUGCGCCACUAUGCCCCCACGAUGCAAGAGACCGUCGAGGACGCCUUCAGUGUCUUUGACGAGUUGGAUGAGCGCGGAGAGGCCUGGAAUGUCUACCAGUACAUGCUGAAGCUGGGUUCACAGGCGGUGGGGAAGCUGGUCUUGGGAAUGGACUUCAAGCAUUUCUCAGCCGUCGAUGCACCACCCCAUGAGCUUGUGUACCGGAUCGCGGAGUCACUGGAGCUGAACAAGAAGGUCACUGCUCGUGGAGACUGGUAUGCCAAGCUGCCCUUUGGUGACCCCAAGCGGUUGCGAGAUGCUCGCUACCGUAUUAUUGAGAUGGUCAAUGAGUCCAUUGAUAAUGCCUCUCGGGGUGGUGUGGAGGAUCUUCCCCUGCAGGAUGCUGCAUUGCAGGCCUCCAACAUGAUUGAUUAUAUCAUUCGUGCCACUGACAACAAGGGCGAGAAGCUGCCCAAAACCAGUCUGAUGCAAGCGCUGGUGGUUGCUACUGGAGCUGGAUUCACAACCACCAGCUCCCUGCUCUCCUGGCUUCUGUAUUCCAUGGUCAAUUACCCCGGCAUGCAAGAGCGACUCCUCCAAGAACUCAUCGACAACGACAUUACGGCAGACACUCCCAUCACUGCCGAUCUCACCGAACGCCUCACCUUCCUCGACAAAUUUAUCAAGGAAACCCAGCGCCGACACAAUCCCUCGUAUCAGCCCGCCCGCACAGCCAAGGUCUCCAUGGUCCUCCCCGGCGGCUACAAACUGCCAGCCGAUUCCAUUGUCAUCCCUGCCCUUCACCACGUUCAUAAUAAUCCUGCGCUUUGGAGCAAUCCGGUCCGAUUCGACCCAGAUCGUUGGGAUACCCAAGAGGUCAAGGACCGUCAUAAGAAUGCGUACAUGCCCUUCGCUGCGGGUCCCCGCAUGUGCAUUGGGUUCAACUUCGCCUUGCAGGAAGUCAAGGUCUUCCUUCCGAAGUUGCUCUUCCGUUACAAAUUCACCAAGGAGAAUGACGGGCCAGUGGAUUAUGAUCCCAUGUUCCAGUUGAUUCGGCCGACUAAUUUGUAUGUGCGGGCGGAAAGGCGUGUGAAGUGGCCUCCCAAGUCGGAGAGUGUCUAG